AUGGGGGAAACUUUAAAAAGUCCUCGGCCGAUACCUAACAUCGUCACAGAGGCCACUUUUAGUCACCGAAAACCCAAGAAUCCUAGUCACAGAAACUUAAUUGAAGAAGAUUGUUUACCUCCACGAGCUCCAGUGAAAUCAGCUCCACCAAUAAGCAGAGUUUUUAAACAUACAGGAAGGAAUUCGGUGGGAGCACUGCAAGUCAGUUUUCGAGAUAGUGGUAGCGGUAUCCUUUGAAAAGAACGCUUAAGGUCUUUUGUAGUUGUGUUGAAGUUUGCGAAAUUUUGAUGAUGUAAUAUUUCCAUUGGAUUACCUCUCGAGAUUCCCAGAACUUUUUGUUCGUGAACGUCGAGUUGAAUAUUGUUUCUUUUAUUGUUGAAUUUGAAUGCUUAACCACUCUUUGACGCAUAUUCUUGACAACUCAAAUCAGAAAUUAAAAGCCCCCACUACAAUGCGAAAUCACGAGAUCUCUAUUUUGAGCAGGUAUAAAAUUAUAAGUCGGUUCAUGUUUUAUAGUUAUAUUCUCCUAACUGAAAAGAUUUUGUGAAGACUCUCCCUCCUAUUUUUACAGUGUACAGCAAUUAAAUUAUGGAAAAUUCUUUUAAAAUACCUUAGUGCACAUAUUCAAAGCCAAAUGCAAUUUCAGCAUUUGUACAGCUGUACACUAAGUACGUUAUUAUAUGUUACAAUAUUUCGCAUGUUUACAAAACGUAUGAGAUACAGACGUAAAAGAUAAUGAAAAAGUACCUGGACUAAAGUAAUCUGUUCCUUUAAUACAAGUAGCUGUCCCAAUGAAGAAAUUAUGGUGGCAUAUUCUAGGUUUUCUCAUUGUGUACAUAACAUGAUUGCACUCUCAACCUUGUAUAAACAUACACUCUAUUAAGACUGCACCAGCGGUGUGGACUCGCUAGGAUGUGACCUUUUAACCCCGUACACUCUAAGAUUAGUAUUUAUAUUCUCUAAACUGUUCUCUUUACAUUUGCCAUGGUACUGACCAGGAGAAUUUGAUUGACGCUCAGGAGCUUCUGAAAUCGGUGAUCAUUUCCAAUAUUCUCAUUGCCCUAAUAUUUGAUUUAAGGGUGAUGCUGUAAGGAGAAACAUGUUAACAGAAUGUGCUUGCUUAGUUGGUUUAUUUUUAUGCACAGUACAUGUUGUGCCCAAUGCUGAGGAAUAAUCUCAAUGUGUUUUCCUCAGAUGAACAAAAUAAGUUUGGACUAUUUUCAACUGAUUCUCUCAACAGUGUUUUGUAGUUAUCAGCAGACUUGGAGCAGGUUCAUUUGGAGAGGUAAGUUCAAUACUGCUGUUGUGUGUAAAUGCAGAAAGGGCAUAUAGUAAUACUCACAGUUGCUUAAACCUUUACGCCCUGAAAUUAGUAUUCAAUAUUUUUCAUACCUAUCUCUGUACAUUUCUUUUGACACUGAAAAGGAGAGUCUGUUUAAUAAUCAAAGCUCCUUAGGUUUGGGGAUCAUUUCCCUUAUUCUCAGAUCUGAAUUAUAUGAAGGAGAAAUUAGAUGCUGGUCACUCUUAUGGUUAAGAGGUUUAACCUAACAGAAAUAAGUCUAUACUUAGGUACUGAGAGCCUUGUUGACCUCGGAUUUGUGAAACAUUUAGGAAGAGAUGAUUUAGCUGAAUGGUAUACAUGUGGAUCCUUCAUGCCUCAGUGGCAUUUCAUUCUGUGACAAUUAAAACAGUAUACUGAUUUUGUUUUCACUAUUAGAGUUUAAUGCAAGUAAUAUCUUAAGACAGACCAGCUAACAAUACAGAGAUCCUUCCCAAUUCAGCACUUGUUAGCUGGUAGAUAAAGGGCUGACAAGACUGAAUGGUUCUCAAGAUAUGAAUUUAUUGAUUAAUCAAUGCCUUUGCAGGUGUUCAAAGUGAGAAGCAAGGAAGAUGGAUGCCUUUAUGCAAUUAAGAAAUCAAGGGAUAGGUUCCGUGGUGAUGCUGAUAGGUGAGGACCACUUUGUUUUUAUUGGCAACAACGAAUUCCAGAGUAAUCUUGUUUUUCUGUAACCUGAUUUGUUUUACAUUUUCUCACAGAAAAUAUAAACUUGAAGAGGUCAACAAACAUGAGCUGGUAAAAGGUCAUAGAAACUGUGUCAAAUUUGUCAAGGCAUGGGAAGAAAGGUUGGGCAUCUUUCUAGUCUCGCUUUACCUCUUGUUGACUGUAUGAAUAUCCUAUUGUAAUUUUAUUUCCUUUAAUUUUUUAGUGCUCUGCAAGUAUGUUGAGUGUUUCAUUGUGACAGCUAAAGGAAAUGAAUACUAUAAUUACUUGUAGAAAUAAUGUUAUGUUUCUGAUUACAAUUCAGGAAACGUCUUUACAUACAAACAGAGUUGUGUGAAAUGAGGUAUGAAGAGCAUGGUGAUCUAAACAAAUCAGUGAUUAUUAUCACAAUGGAUAUAGUUGAUAUGUGUGAUUGAAUAAUGAUUUAUUUUAUAUCUAGCCUCAAAGACUUCUUGGAGAAAAAUGAUUCAACCAGUGAAUCUGUGGUGUGGGAGUUUCUAGUUGAUUUGACUUUGGUUAGUACUGCAUGGUACAUUGUAUGCAUUUUCACUUGUAUACAUCUUUAUUGAAAAUGAACUCUUGUGUGCAGUUGGUUGAUGAAGUUAUCUGUGGCACAUAAUCGAACAGAUUGUUAAUAAAUCUUUACUUUACAAAUGUUGCAAAGGUGCAGUCAAACUGAGGUGCAAAACAGCUUUGUUUUGCUGUUGCCUUUCUAUUUCAUGACUGAAGGAGUCUAUUUUGUCUUUCUUAUCCUUUAGUAUCUUUAAUUUAUCCGUGAACUUGGCAAUUAAUGUUAUUUGGCAUCAGGAGAAGAAAUGUUAAGCCUUGUGCAAAUUAUUUUCCAGGGUUUGAAGCAUCUUCAUGAUAAUGGUUUGAUUCAUAUGGACAUCAAACCAGCAAACAUCUUUAUUGGUCUGGAUGGGUUGUGUAAAAUAGGAGAUUUUGGUUUGGUGUUGGAGUUAUCAAAAGUAAGUGUUGUUGACUUAGUAUGGCCUACUGUUUGCAAAUGAGUGCUCCAAGCCAGGUGAUUUUCACUGCAGAAGUGCAAUACCUUAGAUGAAAUGCAUUCUGCUUCCGAGGUUGUUCCAUAGACAAAACAAAACAAAACAAAAACAGCCAAAAAAUUCUAUCUAACAUUAACCUCAAACUAAGAUGUUACUGAUAAUUAAAACAAACCUUCAAAUCCAUUUUUCAAAUUAUUGUUGGCAAAGCAUCCAUAAUUUUAAAAACAAUUUUGUUAUAACUUACUUUGUAACCAAUUUUGUUAUAACUUACUUUGUAACCAAUGUUCUUUACAGCUGCAAUUUUAUUUAUCUGGCUUUUUAGGGUGAAUUUUGGACUGACACUGGCUGUGGAAAUGGGGAAAGACAAAAACUGAUUUGCUUCUGUGCAUAAUUAAAAAAUAACUUUCCUUAAACUUGUAAAUAAGUAGUGGAAAUAUUAAUCUCCUUUUCAAAGAAUAAGUGCUGAGCAUUCUUUUUCUUUUAUUGAUUGAUGUCCAAGGUACCCUUUACCCUUUUCUUUUCUUCUGUAUCUAGUGUGACACCACCCAAGCUUUGGAAGGUGAUCCAAAAUACCUUGCUCCAGAGCUAAUGCAAGGUCACUUUACAAAAAGUGCAGACAUCUUCAGGUUUGUUGUCUUCUGUGAGAGUAGCAGCAAUUCAAUUCCUCCUAUUUUUUUGUUGAUGAACAUGUCUCUGUCUAGACACUUAAACACAGAUAGAGGAAGUAUGAAAAGCUACAUAAAUGUGGUUACCUCUUAUAAGACAGACAUCUCUUCAAGACAGUUACUUACACCAGUAGUUAGGUUCCGUUGGUUUCCUUAUUAGAGAGGUUUGGCUGUAUUCAUGCAAAGUGUACAUUUUUUCAGGAGUGCAAAAAUGAGUGUUUUGCCCUUUAAUUUUGGUAUGUGUAGAUGUAUGUGUGGGUUUUUAUUUGGCACUAUUUUGUUUUGCUGUAAUCAGUUUGGGCAUAACUCUACUAGAGUUGGCCAGUGAUCUUGAAUUACCAAAAGGUGGACAAGCAUGGCAUCAACUUAGAAAUGGAGAACUUCCCAACAUCUUUACACAAGGUUUGUUCAUCCACUAAGACUACUGACAAGAACAGCCAGAAAAACACAUUGAAGUCACUCACAAACAGUCAAUGUUAUCUACUGCAAGCAAAUUGCUAUGAAAUUUUAUCAUACAAUACUGUGAAUGCAUGCUGUAGUUAAAAAUUGUUUCAGGCUAUAAAUGAAUUCAGACUAAUUUAAUUUGUUGUUUAAAGAUUAUGGUAGUGCACUAAAACAGUGGGAGAUACAAGUUAAACUAGCCAGCUUGACACCACUUUCACAAGUUGUGGUGAACCUUAGCAUAAAUGAACUAGUGUAAAUAGAUUCCUAAUAAUACUUGCUUUGAAACCUGCCAAAAAAACCCUUUUCUAGCAUGAAAUAUUUGAAGUAUCCUUGUUGAAGUUUAGAAAAACAUACCGAGGAAACAAAGCACAUUUGACAAACUUAAGAUUUAGAUUCAGAUACCAUACAUACACUCAGGGCUCAAAAUUAGCACUCGCAAACUCGCGAAAUGCGAGUGGUUUUUCGAAGUUGCGAGUCUAAAAAAUAUCUUCUAGCAAACAUUUGCUAGUUAGGUUCCUUCUUUUGCUAGUAAAAAAAAUCUUACUAGCAAAACUUUGCUAGUAGACAAAAAAGUUAAGUUCGAGCCCUGCAUACACUCAGAUUUAUGUUGGUCUUCUGCUCUUCAGGUAUAUCCCUAGAGCUUAGACGACUUAUAUUGCAGAUGAUGAAUCCUUCACCACAACAAAGGUCUGUUGUAUUCUCCAGAAAACACAUUUUUUUUAAAAUUAAGCAUUGAUUUGGGAAGUUUCUUUUAGAAGACAUAGGUGUCUCCAAAAUCAUUUAAACUUUCUUUAACCUUCUUUUCUCAAUUGCAUUGUAUGUCAGCUGAAUUUGUUGUAACAUUUUCAGACCAAAUGUGGAUGAGAUUUUAGCAGAACCUGCUGUACGCCAGGUAAUCUAGUUAAAUUGGGAUCAAUUAAUUUACAAUUGUUGGAAUAAGGCUAUCAGCCCUUUUGUUAAAGUUAUGAUGCAUGCAGCUGUAACUCUGGGAAUUGAUAUUUUUAGGCAUGGAAAAGGAGGAAAAGGGUUUAUCUGUACAGUAGGAUGGUGAGUGAUUUACUUUUAUUUGCAGAAAUGGAUCUUGACAGUGAUCAAUGUUAGUGUUGAGUUGUUUUAAAUGGGAUAUUCUGGCAAAUGCCUUCUAGGGGAACUAGAAAUUCACUUCCUGGGUGAUUGCCUCAAACUAGUUUUAAGAUGAGGAAUUUAACAAUCUUUUAAUCUAAAAUAAUAUUUUAGAUUAAAAGAUUAAUAUAUGGCAACCAGGUGGACAAUCCAACAUGGUUUGAUGCUACUCUGGUUUAAAGAUUAAAUGAAUGUAACCAAGAAGUUACAAUUCAUUGACCCAACAUUUUAACACUCCUGUCUGGUGCCUUCAUCAAGGGUGAUCUAAACGCUGGAAAAGGAAGUUUCUCUCAGAAAAUAAGGAAAAAAGGAGCAUAUGAAAGGAUCUCUUGUUGCAGUGUUUAGAUCACCCCUGAUGAAGGCACUAGACAGGAGUGUUGAAACGUUGGUUCUAUGAAUUGUAACUUCUUGGUUACAUUCAUUAAAUCUUUGAACCAGACUAGCAUCAAACCAUGUCUAAUCUUUUAAUCUAUCAGCAAACAAAAAGGGUUCUCUGGUCAAUUAAUCAUUCACUCAAUCAAUCAAUCAUUACCCUUGAUAAGAAGUGGAUUUAUUGCAUCAUUUAAAUAACAACUAUGGUUUAUCUAUUCCAGAAGGAAUCAAUGUUUGCAAUGUAUUACUAUCUUUGCUCUGUUUUGUUAUGGAUAUGGAUGGUUUUACUGUGGCUUUUCCGCCCAUUUACAAGUAAGAUUUGUUGUAUGCUAUUGAGUUGCUCAUGUCUUGUACCCAUUUUGUAAAAUGUAGAGUCUGUAUGUACAUGUAAGAGAUUCUGCAACAGGAUAAAAACAAAUAAUAUUACAUGUAAAUUUGAUAUGCACUUUUUUAGAAAGUUGUGUGCAUUUCAUUUUAACAAUUUUGCAGAGAAAUAUUAUGAAACUAGUUUGCCUUCUAGCACUAUAUUGCAGGGUGUAAAACUUCUGAUUUGAGAAAUGUUGGAGUUUUUUAUAUGUUGGACAGCAACCUCCCUUUAAUAAAAUGGGUUACUGCAGUUGAGAUAGAUGCAAACAAAAAUUUCAUAAGAAUUGUGGGUUUUAUAAUAAAACACAAACUUUGCACAAUGAUGUGGUGAAUAAUAUUGGAUAUGGAGGUGACCUUGACCAUUAGAGGGAAUGGGUUCACAACUGCUAGUAAAGCAUCUAAGCCAGCUGAGAAAUAUUUGCCAUUCUCUCUUACUUGUUAACUUUAUAAAACUUUCAAUUAACUAAAUUAGAUGCAUCAUAGAGGAGAACUUAUGCAACUUUAUCAUUACAUCCCAGAUUCAUGGGCAUGGACCAAAUCCUCUGCAAAAUCUGAUGUGUCUUAUCAUGAGGACUUAAGUUUUUCUUCUGAUGGUAAGGGGAAGUAUGCUUUACUUGUCUUGUUUUUCAUCUUUAUAUAGUUUGCUCUUUUGCAUCAAAGUGUAUAUCUGCUAAAUGUAAACAAAUGGUUUACACCCUAUCAAGUAGCAAUCAUUGAAAGGCACUUUUAUCCAUAAGAAUCAAAAUAAGGUAAUUUAAAAUGUAUUAACUUUAGGUAUUGAAAAUAUAUCCAUUCAUUACAUCCAUUUCUUUCUUUCUCCUGUUUAUUUUUUCUCUCUUACACAGAAUCUUGCAAUAAUUCCGUUUUUGAGAGUGGUAGUAGCACUCCCAAUUGUAGCAUGUCAUUUGAGGAGAUGCUCACACAUUCCAUUCCAAAGGCUCCUUGGCACAGGUGAGUAAAAUGUAAAAAAGUAUCAAGUAUAGAGGCAAUUUUUGGGUGUUGUAGUUAGACUAAGCUCUUAUUCUGAAUAAUAAUCACACCUCUUACCUCUACAUGUAUGUACUCAAGAGACUUUUUUAAUUUUACCAAUGAUUUUGACAAGUGGAGUAGGUUACUGUGUUCAACUACAUUUACAAAGAUUUUAAUAAAUCUCUAACUUUUUUUCCAGUGAUGGAUAUUGUAGUUCGCCUGCUCACUUAACUCCCUCCAGCCAUUUUGAGCAAACGAAUAUAUCUCCUCAAAUGCAUUCUGAGAAAGAAAGGUAAGCACAUGAUCUGAAAGGAGAGAACACAUAAAUAUGUGACAAAGAACUUAGGCUUCACUGUGGAGAUAACUUAGGUUUUGCUUUUGGGAAAAUAUGAACUGAAAUAUCACCCAAAUUAAUAAAGGGGGUAAGUUUCUAAAGAAACUGUGGUGCUGCGUCGGUGGGAGAGUAAAGCAAGUAAUUUAGUGUUAACAACUGAAUUGAAAACGUAAAUUGGCCACCGUAAGGGGUAAAAAAGCUGACGUUUCGAGCAUUAGCCCUUCGUCUGACGAAAUUCCCACGCCCCAAAGGUUUCUAUUUCCUAGAUAAUAUUUCUCAUUGAAAGUUAUGCAAAGCAGCUCCUGUUAUUUUCUCAACUUCACAAUAGCAACAGAGAAAGAGAUGAAGAGACCAGUAAACAACUGAUUACUCCACCAUUCCAUACAAGUAGCCCUGAGCACGAGAGAUAUACUCCUCCUUCAGAAAGAAGGCGAGGGCCUCUGUUUCACGACGGAGGAUUUAUGACCAACAAUGUAGUUGGGCCUAGAAAUCUUCUGGAGGUAUGAGCUAUUUUGUAUAAUUUAUUGUUGUUUAUAUAGACAAAGUCUCGUAUUUAAUAACUAACCAAUCACUGCUAUUCAUUCUGAAGGCGAAUGAAAGAAUUGCACGAUUUGAGAAAGGUUUAGCGUCUCUCUCAGUAGUCACCCCGACUUACAUUUUACAUCUAUUUACAUCUAAUUCUUACGAUAAUUUCCAUCUUUUUCUCUGGGUGUCCCAGGUAUUUGAGGAUGCAGCUAACAGUCCAGAGUGGUAGUAAGUUUGCGAGAAAGAGGAUUUGUACAUGAAGGAAAGAAAUUUCGACUCAAUCCAGGUUAUAGAUCUUGCAGAAAACUCAAUACAACUAUCUCUUGUCAAUGGAGCAUCUGGGUGGAUUACACUUGGAUGAACAUUAGAGCAUCAAGGAAGCAAAUACUUAAAAUGAUUGCGCAUUGUUGAAAGGAAAGUCCAGAAUCAGUUUUCCAACUGCUGUAUUGCCUCUGAAAUAAUUUAUGUGUUCCUAUUCAACUUAAACAAAUAAUAUUUCUUACGGUGUACCAUCUUAUGGAGACAAAUGUUACCAAGAGACGUGAGAAUGUAUGUCUUAACGAGAAUGAAAAAGGUUCAAGCCAACAAAAGUUAUCAAGUGGCUGAAUUUUAAAAUCAGUCUUUUAAUGUGACUCCAUUGUUUAGAUGAGAGGUUCGUGUUUAUUUUAAGUCAAGAUGUUAUGUUGGUUUUCUUGGGUGCAGAUUAAGUUUUACGCAGUAAAUCAUUCUAUACAAAGUAAAACGCUCCACUAAUUCCCAGUUUACCACUGUUUGCGCGACUCUUAGACCUUUCAAACGGGGAAAAUUUUUCGUAUCAAAGGCGAAAAAAGCACUUAAUUUUUUUGUUAACUUCAGUGUUUGGGAACUCUUCAAAGGCGGUUGCCUAAUGAUUGUUCCGGUUUAACUAACGUUGACAUCAUCAAUAUUUGUAAAUAUAAACAAAUUCCUUACUAGUAAUUGCCAUUUAUAAAUAGUAAUAAUAAAACUUGCUGAGAUAUCUAUGUGCAGAUAAUAUAUGUAUUUGUACCGUGGAAUAGCCGCACAUCGGGUGCCUCUUUUUAGUUCUUGCCACUUUUUGACGUCGUCUGUGAUCUAUUAGUAAUAAUAAUAGGACUGAGUGGAGUUCAAUUCGAUCCGUAAUCACAUCUCAGUCAGUAAGAGUCCGAUUCGUUUAUUACGAGUAUGACUAUUGUGGCAACCAAUCAUGUUAGAGAAUUUUGUUAUAGUUCUUAUUAUUUUAAAUGAACAGACGUGCGGCAACUUGGAAAAUUGGCUCAGUCCCAAUCACAUACAGUCCAUAUCAUAUAGCCUAUUUUUUUGAAAAAGUCUAUAUGAAUAAAUCGAUUAUAUUGAGAAAAAUGACAAAUCAGAGAAUACUGUCAAGACCAAAUGAACGACCUUGAAUUUUUACCAUUUCAAACAGUCAGACAAUAUCAUUUCCAUAAUGUGGCGAGGAAUGAAAACAUUUCAUAGGGGGCCAAAAAUUGUAUCUGCCUGUCGAUAGAGAUCAUGUUGCGACGUUUACGUCCCUUAGAAACAUUGGCACUCAAAACAGAAGCCUUAUAUCGUUAGUUAAACUGGUAAAUCUAUUGAGAGAAAACUUUGCGAUAACAUGAUUAAGUAGGUUUCAUUGCGUAACUCACGCUCUGAAGGGAAGUUCAAUCGUAAAUAUUUUAGGAAGCCACCUUAAAUUAUCUGAAAGAGGAGCAAGCCAUAAGCGGGC